AUGGAUCUCCAAAAUCGGAUCAAGAAGGCAGACCUCCAAGACCUCAUCGAUAUAUGCGAGCAACUUUCCAAGGAAUGCAGGGGUUUCUCAAACUGCCUCAACACUAGUCCCGUCGUUUUGGCUGCGCUCGCCAAGGAGUGUCGUGCCAUCACCGAUGCGCUUGACAGGUUACACGAACUCAGUCGGACAAUUGAAGGUGAUACGCUUGUGCCACAUCCUGGAAUUGACUAUGUACAAACCAAAGACGUUGCACACGAGCUGCACCACGCCAUUGAACAGACUGAUGAAUCCGCCGUAUUUAACAUCCUGCUCGAACGUGCAGACCCCAACAUAACGCUGGCGGGAUCAAUGCUGUCUCCCCUGCACCGCGCUUUCGAUAAGAAGCACAUGCUGAUCGCUGCCUUUCUAAUCGUUGCCGGCGCAGACGUUGACGAGCCGACAACUGACGGCGAUACAGCAUUGAUGAGAAGUAUCAAAUGUGGUUUUUCGGAACAGUUCGCGAGGCUCGUUAUUCACAUGAAGGUUCGCAUCAAUUCAAUCGAUAAUAAUGGACGAUCGGCACUUCACUUUUCCGCUGCCUCAGAUGUUCUCGAGGACGAGACACUACCGACUCUCAUAAACGCCGGCGCAGAUAUCAACCUUGUCGAUUAUGAGGGGCACACACCGCUGCAUGUCGCCAUACAACACGCCCACUGGUCUGCAGCGACGAAAUUGGUGCAGGCUGGAGCAGACCUCGAGGUCCGACUGCCUGAUGGGAAAACUGCACUGCACCUGACAAUAGCAAUGCGCAACCAAGAGUUUACUCAAGUGCUAAUAUCUCGUGGGGCGAACGUUGACCCUGCACUACUGGAUAUGGGUGCAAAUCCCAAUUUACCAAGUCGGAACGGAAACACGCCUCUUCUCGCAGCAGCAGCUACCGGGCAUGAUGAAACGGUGAGAUAUCUCAUUGCCCAUGGUGCGAAUCCAACAGAAACUCACGGGCAGUCUGGAUACACACCCAUGCACAUGGCAGCGCACAAAGACAAACCUCAUAUCCUCCGACUCUUGGCUGAGUCAGAGGCACCUAUCGACGUUUUGGACAGAAAUGGUGAAACUCCUCUACUGAUAGCUGCCAAACUUGGUAAUAGCCAGAGUAUUCUUCGCUUGGUCAACCUGGGUGCCGAUAUCGAACGAGUAGGGCCAGAUGGCAUGAAUGUAGCAGGGAGUACCUGGUCCCCGAGCCGCAGACGACUCCGAUCCAUGUGGCCGCUCAACACGCUCGGGAUGAGAUUCUACUCCGACUUGUAUCAUACGGGGCAUCUCUUGAGAGCACUAUCUUUCCUGGUCGGACUCCCUUAUCGGUUGCGGCAUCUCAUGGCCAUGUCUCGACAGUCCGGCUUCUUCUUCGACUAG